CCGUCAAAACAAAUUAGGGUCUUCUUAAACCCCCCCUUUAUAAACCCCAGCUACAAGUUUCAAUUUUUCUCUCACUGUCUAGCCUUAUUCCUUGCGCACAUUCUCGUAGCGUAGCAGUUCAAACCUGCAACAAGAAGCUUAGGGACGAAUGGCUCUACCAAAUCAGCAGACUGUUGAUUAUCCUAGCUUCAAGCUUGUGAUUGUUGGCGAUGGUGGUACAGGGAAAACUACCUUUGUUAAAAGACAUCUUACAGGCGAGUUUGAGAAGAAAUAUGAGCCAACCAUUGGUGUGGAAGUUCAUCCCUUGGACUUCUUUACAAACUGUGGGAAAAUCCGAUUCUACUGCUGGGACACAGCUGGACAAGAGAAGUUUGGCGGGCUUAGGGAUGGAUAUUACAUCCAUGGCCAAUGUGCUAUAAUCAUGUUUGAUGUAACUGCCCGAUUGACGUAUAAGAAUGUGCCCACAUGGCAUCGGGAUCUUUGCAGGGUCUGUGAAAAUAUCCCUAUUGUUCUUUGUGGAAACAAGGUUGAUGUGAAAAACAGGCAGGUUAAGGCAAAGCAGGUCACAUUCCACAGGAAAAAGAACUUGCAAUACUAUGAGAUUUCAGCAAAGAGCAAUUACAAUUUUGAGAAGCCUUUUCUUUAUCUCGCAAGAAAACUUGCUGGGGAUCCUAAUUUGCAUUUUGUUGAGUCUCCAGCCCUGGCACCUCCGGAGGUGCAAAUUGACCUGGCAGCUCAACAACAGCAUGAGGCUGAGCUUGCUGCUGCAGCUAGUCAACCUCUUCCAGAUGACGAUGAUGACACAUUUGAGUAAUCUGCAAUGGCGGAUAGCAUUUGGAGGAAGAAGUUCUAAUAUUUGGUCAUGAUGAUGUAGUUUCAUCUCCAACAUGAAUAUGGACCGGAAUUAUUUCUGCCUUGUGCGUUACAGUGUUACCCGUUUCUCACAAGUUCUCUAUUUGUUCAUUUUGUGCGGGGUUUUUGCUGUGUUUAUUCUUUCUUUAUCGCACCAAAAGUUUUCAAAGUUGAUCCUUGAAGUCUGUAGGAUUUUGGUGUUGCCCUAUAUAUUUAUCUUUGAUCUUGCAUUGAUUGUGAGGAUUAUUAAUGACUUGUGAGGAUUAUAAAGUUUUCUUGGUGCCAA